AUGGCUCAGAACGACGACCUGAAGGCGCUGCAUUACCCAUUCGAAAACCCAAAGUUCAUCUUCUUCACCGACUUCGACGGCACCAUUACUCUCCAGGACAGCAAUGACUUCAUGACAGACAACAUUGGCUUUGGUGGCGAAAAGCGUCGACAGGGCAACAAAGACGUGCUCGAGGGAAAAGACACCUUCCGCGACUCGUUCCGCAAGAUGAUGGAUUCGGUCACCACGCCUUACCCGGAAUGCAUCGACUACUUGGUAAAGAACAUCAAGCUUGAUCCUUACUUCAACGAGUACCUAGAAUGGUCGCUAGCCAACAAGAUUCCAACCGUCGUUGUCUCCUCUGGCAUGCAACCCAUCAUCCGAGCCAUCCUGAAGAAUCUUGUGGGGGACAACCAUGAGAAGCUCGACAUCAUCUCCAACGAAGUAGAAGCGAGACCCGGCAAGACAAUCGACCAAGAAGGCGGCUGGCAGAUCAAGUACCACGACGACAGCGGCUUUGGACACGACAAGUCCCUCAGCAUUCGACCGUACGCAAAUCUUCCUGCCGACAAGAGACCUACUCUGUUCUAUGCUGGUGACGGAGUGUCAGACCUCUCGGCUGCCAGUGAGACUGAUCUACUGUUCGCUAAGAAGGGUCAUGACCUCAUCAGAUACUGCGUCAAGGAGGAUGUGCCUUUCACCGUCUUUGAAGACUGGUCGACGAUCUUGGAGAAGGUCAAGGAGAUCGUGGCCGGCAAGACGACAGUGCAGGAUGCUGCGCGCGAGGGCUACGAGGCGUACCAAAAGGGAGAGGCAGGGCUUAACGGGCAGGCCAAGUAG